UCGCUGGCUGUCGUGUAGUGUGUGCGUGAGUCUGCGGGGUAAGAUGGCAACGAGCUGGCAAGCUGUAUCAGUGGAGCAAGCCGAAGUGAUGGCCACUCGUCUCCGUCAGCUCGCAUCUUCUGGAUUGCACUUUCUCAAUAAUGAGUUCGGGAUAGAUUUGGGGUUGAAACCAGAGCUUUAUCCGUCAUGGGUAAUCCUUUCGACGGCAUUGUUCGGGAUGAUCGCGGCGGUCGCGCUGUCGUGGGUCGCGGCCUGCCAUGGAGUCGGAAGGAGAAAACGAGGAGCUGUUGUAAGUGAAAGCGGCGCUAGCGUAACCGACAUUGCGAAGGCCCCGUUGAAAAAGUCGGUCAAAUCUGAAGAACCGAAGAAGAAGAAUAAAAAGAAACCUGCUGACAAGCAAAAGACCCAACAAAAUGGUAGAACGGUCCCUGAACAACGUGAAGAAAUCAAAGCCGUGAAGGAGAUCCCUAAAGAGUCACCACCACAACCACCCGCUGACGUUAAGGCUGAUAAAGCCAAGAAAAGUAAGAAGAAACCAAAACCAGAGGUCAAGCAAAACCAAGGUGUUUCCUGCACUGAUGGAAAGGAGCCUGAUGAAGGUGCUUGGGAAACAAAGAUCAGCAACCGUGAGAAGAGGCAGCAGCGCAGGAAGGAGAAGGGCCCUGGAGACAACUCAGGAAGCCCUGGGGGUAGUAAUCAUGUCACCCAGCAGAUAGAGCAGCCUUUGGUUGCAGCUCCAGUGAGCACCAAGAAGAACAAAGAAUCAUUGAAUUCAAAGGCUGGAAAGGCUGAUGCCAUUAUAACACCAGCACCAACCAACUGGAAUGCUGUGAGACCUGUGAACAGUGGAGGAUGGACUGAAAUGUCAGUGAAGCCUCCAUCUAAAGUGAGUGCUUCAGACUGUCAGAAGUGGUCUGUUGACAUGAAGACAUCUGGACACAGGAACUCUGAGCCCUUGGCCUGGGGGCAGGAUUCAGAGGGAGGCACAUGGACUGGCAUGGAUGGGAGAAUUAAGACUGACCUGAACCCAUUGAGCUUUCCCAUGCUUGGAUUAAAACAAUCAGCUGGAGAACCUGUGACUCAGGCUUCUGCUGACAUAGGAAAAUGGGACCGCAUAGCCACUGUUGACGAGUGGUCUGGAUUCAAUGGUUUAGGAGCUGUGGAUCCAAGUUCGGACUGGAAUGCCCCAGCUGAGCUGUGGGGGAACUAUGAAGAACCUAAAGCAGAGACGCUUGUUCCCAAAGAGACACCUGUAUCCCAGCCAUCCAGGUUACAGGAGUCCGAUGAUGAUGAUGAUGAUAAAGAGAAGGAAGAUCCUUCUGGAAGUAGCAAGUCCAAAAGAAAAAAGAAAAAGAAGAAGAAGCCAGAGGAUGAAAAUGUAUUGUCCCAUGUGACCAUUGAGGGUUUAAUUAAACCCACAGAGAGCAUAGCCAUCAAACCCUGUCCUCAUGUGCCACUAGAGGAGCCAGUCAAGCAGAAUGCCACUCCACUGUCCAGUCAGAAGAAACCUGAUCAGAAUUGGGAACCAGUGAAGCAAGUUCAAAGGAAAAAGGCUAGAAGAGAAACAUGAACUACCAGGAAAUCUUAUGCAAAAGGAUUGUCAAAAAUGGUUAUGCAAUAAUUUUUAGAGUAAUGAAUUUUAUACUGAAUACAUUUACUGUACUAUUCAAAAUCCCAAAAAGCCAAAAAUAAUCACAGAAAACAAGAGUGAUCUUUAGAUCAUAAAACUACUAAUGUGCACUAUGCUACGCUGAUGUAGAAGAAUUAUCAUUCUUAGUAUCACACGCAGUGCAGUAACAGAUCAAAGCUUUUUCCAACAACUACUUUUGCAUUGUUUAUUAUAUAAUUUGGGAAACCUUUUUGAUGUUUACUUUUUUUGGUUUGUUUAUUCCAUUUGAUUAGUUUCAUGUGGCACAAUUGUACUGCUAAAUUACAUCUGGCAAUAUUGUCGGGUAGCAGUUAGUGCUAGGAGCCACUGAGAGGUGCUGUGAGUCAGUAUGAGGUAUAAUGAAGUACUUUAGAGUCAACAGUGGGGUCAGGGAAAAAUUCAUAGAACACUGCUUAUUUGUGAUCUGGCUUGGGGCAAGAGGAGACUUUAAGUUAGUAUACAGAUAUUUCUAACACUAAAAUAGUGUUUUUUAUUUCUGUCCCAAGUAUAUCUCUUCCCUUUGAAAUAAACUGCACACACCUUUUGAUAAAUAAGCAUCAUCUUACCAUGUCAACUGUCAAAUGAAUUUUUGUCUAGCAACCUCUGUAGUAGAAAAAGCCACGCCAUAUGUACAGAUUUAUUAAGGGCUUUUUUCUAUAAUUCUUUAAUUGCACUGUGCUGAAAGGUUGUAAAAGUUUAUUUUAAUUUUCCGAUCUUGAAAUGAAAUGUUGAAAUGUGAAGACGUAAUUUUUGUUUAAUAUUGUUUGAUAUAUUGUAUUAAGUUGGUCAAAGUGAUUUUAAUGGAGAGAUGGUAAGAGAAGCUUUACUUGCCACUAAAAUAGUACCAGUAACAGGAAUCUGUUGCCUUAAUAUGUUCUUUGUAGUGUGUGCAUCUAAUUCUCAUUUCAAGUCUUCGUGACAGGAGCUGUGGAAUUGAUUUAUUUCAAUUUUGAUGUCAGAACUGCACUUACUGUUGCACGGAUCUUAUAACUAUACAUAAUCAAAUGUGUCCAGAUUCUUUUUUCCUACUCAAAUAGCUACUAUCUGGAUAAAGGCUUUAAUGAAUAAGAAUUUGUCAGAACAAAAAAAUAUUGGACUUCCUUCAGCCUUUUUUUUCUUUGUUUCCUUUUUAGGCUUUUAGCCUUAAGAAUUUUAAAUGCAUCCAUAUGUGGAUUGACUGGGUGUUUAUCGCAUGGUCAUUUUAUAAACUGCGAUAGAUACUGUUAUCUGAGGUACUCUGGUUUAGAAUCAGACACCUGCCUUAGUUUUUCAUUAGAUGGGUGACUAAACCAAUGUAUUCAUAUCUUUCUCCAGUUUAUGGAUCUAAGAAUGAUCAUGUUUACUUAAGUCAAUGCAAUAUUUCUAUGUUGGUUUGUUAAAAAUAAAUGAAACAUUUGAUCAGUUA